ACUCAACCCUGUGGCGUCAUAACAGGCUCGCGCGCAGACGAGUACAAUACUCUCUGCCCCAUUUCAUCUAAAGAGUUGGCCAGUAGCAGGAGUACGUCUUUGAAUACGCGCGUCACGUGAUUCUUUACCGUCUGCCACAUUGUUAACUAAAAUUUUAGAUUUUAUUUGUUUAAAUAUUUAUAAUUAAGAAAAAAAUCGUUGGCUAAUUAAGAAUGAAGAUUUCUGGCUAUAUGAAAACUCAUCGAGUCUUGUGUUAUUCUGAUGCGAAACUGAACUAGAAAAAGACAUUGUUUAAUUCUAUAUGUGUUUUGAUGUGGCUAUGUGGCUGUCCUACUCGUGAAUUGAAGGUUGCAACUGAACUAAAAAUCGAAAGACGCGAAAGAAAACUAGCUUCUACUUCAUUAGCACUGAAGGAUUGCUAUUUUUAAGUUGUUUUUUUUAUUUUAAUGUGCUAUUAAGCGAAAACCCUAUAAUGAAAGCAUACAAAGAAAGAUCAGGUCUAAACGACUGUACUUCUAAACACCAGCAAGAAACUUCUGAUCAAAAUUCUGAGUUAAGCAUUCCAAGAAAUAAUGGAGUCCUACAGCCACAGAAUCACCAGAAAAGGUCCAACUGCGAGUUCAGACCAGACCAGUGUUUGAGCCAGACUAAAGAUGCAGACUUUAAACAUCAGCCUGAAGCGACAACUAUAAACUAUACAAAGUCCCUGGCAGACAAUCAUGUCUCAACCAAAUCCUUGGCAGCUGCCUCUAAAGAGCUACCUGUUGCAGGCGUCGAACAGCAGCAGCAUAUAGAAACAAGAUCUCAACGCCACUCAGACGCUACAUAUACAGAUCAAAAUGAUGGGCGCCUGAAGCAAAGCUCUCAGUGCAUCUCUAAACACCAAUCCGGUGGUGACAUCUCUAGACACCAAUCCGGUGGUGACAUCUCUAGACACCAAUCCGGUGGUGACAUCUCUAGACACCAAUCCGGUGGGGACAUCUCUAGACACCAAUCCGGUGGGGACAUCUCUAAAUACCAAUCCGGUGGGAACAUCUCUAAUUACCAAUUAGGUGGGAACAUCUCUAAUCAGCAAUUAGGUGGGAACAUCUCUAAUCAAUAUUCCCGAGGUGACAUCUCUAGACACCAAUCCGGUGGUAACAUCUCUCAUCACCAUUCCGGUGGUGACACCUCUAAUCACCAUUCCUGUGGUGACAUCUCUAGACAUCGUCACAGCCUCGAUUGCACCAAACAAAACCCUAACUCUGACAGAUGUGAGCAGUACGUCUGUAGUGGAUUGUCUAAACAUCGUUCAAGUUGUGAUAGUUCUAAAUAUUCCGACUCCUCCGAGGGCCGAGACCAGAGUCCCAAUGCCAACAAGAAAUCUGUUAUAAUUGCGAUGGACGGAAGUGGACAUUCUUUCUAUGCUUUUGAUUGGUACAUGAGUCAGAUGCACACGCCAGAUACCGAGGUCAUCGUAGCUCAUAGUAGCCACCAUCACAGCAAGCCAUUCUCUCACGUGCAGAACUUAAUGCCUUCGGUCAUCACAUCUGACCACUCAUCCAUGUCCAGGAUUAUCCAGCAAGAGGAAGAAGAGGUGAACAAGAUUGUGGCCCAGAUUAAAGGGAAGCUGACCCAAGCAGGGGUUAGAGGGAAGCUACUUCGACUUACAGGGGAGCCAGGCGCCGCCAUUAUUCAAGCGGCACAAGAACACAAAGUGCAUUGCAUAGUGACAGGGUCACGUGGUCUAGGCACCGUGAGGAGAACUCUGAUUGGCUCCGUGUCGGACUAUAUCCUGCACCAUUCGCACGUUCCGGUUUUGGUGUGUCGACAUAAGGAAUCGUAGUUUUAAAAUGUAGAAUGUAUAUUUCUAAUCUAAUAGAUCUAGAUCGGGGCAUUGGGUUCUUGAUAUUUUGUAGCUUAACAUAGACUUGCUCUGUUUUAUAGACCUACAGAUCAAAACUCCAAUAAAUAAUAAAACAUAUUUUACAUCUAGAAUCUAGAGAUUUUGACAACAUAAUAGGCCUAUAUAUAUAUAUAUAUAUAUAUAUAUAUAUAUAUAUAUCAUGGGCGUAGCCGAGAGAGAUUUUAAUACUUAACCAUCACUUGCACCAGCGCAGCCAAGGGGGUUUUGAGUUUAAAUCCCCCCCCCUUUAAGCGGGGUUGAAGCUAAGAAAAAUACCUUUAUACCUCUUCAAUAUAAAAAAAGCAAAUUACACACUCAAAAUUAUAUGAGCGUAGCCAAAGGGGGUUUUGACUUUACCCCCCUUCAGCGGGGUUUGAAGCUAAAAAAUACCUCUUCAAAAGGGGAAUUUACACAUUAAAAUUCUAUGAGCGAAGCCAAGCCGAGAGGGGUUUUGAGUUUGAACCCCUCUACUCUAUAGGGCUUUUUUAAAAAAGUUUAAAACCUCUCCAGAUGGUUUUGAGUUUUAAAUCCCUCUUACAGAGAGUUUUGAGGCUGAAAACUUCUCUCUUCAAUAUUAUUCUAAAGCAAACUAAAUUUGCUAAUUUCUAUGAGCGUAACUAAGGGUUUUUUUUACUUUGAAAAAAAAAAAAAAACUACAGAGAUUUUUUAGUUUAAAACCCCCCAACAGAUGAUUUUGACGAUAAAACUUCCCUUUUCGAUAUAAAAUAUAAAUCAAACUACAGUCAUCUAAUUUCAAGAGCGCUAAUCAAGAGAGGUUACAAAUUUCUAUCACUGGAGGGGCUCCAUUAAUAACGUGCAGUGAAUAUUCAUCGGCCGAAAUUAAAAAAGACUAAAUAUGACUCAACAAAGAUGGCUAAGACGGAUUUUAGGAGUCAGUUAUAGAGAUCGGGUCUCAAACAAGGAAAUCCUAUGCCGAAAUGGAAGUCAACCACUUAGUAAGGUUGUGACAGAGCGUAGAAAAAGGAUUUAUGGGAGAUGUUCUCCGACAAAAUGAAUUAGCCUACACAUAAUUACGAGGAAAGCGCAGACAGGGAGAUUCUAGUACAAAUUCACGCCACACUUUCGUGGAGGACCUCAGAGCAGAUGGGAAGAGGCUUCAGACAUUGCCAGUGACAGAAUUAUGUGGAAUCAGAUUUCCGCCCAAUGCGCUGAACGGCGCGGGAGGGUCUAAGUCAGUAAGAAUAGCCCAUUAAGUUUUUGAAAUAAAACUUUUUAAUAGCAGGAUAAUGCAUGUAGAUACCUCAGUAUAUGUAUUUUGUUGGCUUUUAAUACCGGAAAUAGUGUUUGGCGGCGGGGCUUCUCCCCGCGCUGGGGACUCCCCCAGACCCCUUUUCUAGCCAGGGGCCGGUAGUCUACAAUUUUUCCACUAUUUCCAGGAAGAACCUAUUCUAGAGUACAAUAAACGUCUGCCGAAAGAAUGUAAUAAAGAUUAAUUGUUAACACACACACACAUAUGCAUAAAUAUAUAUAUAUAUAUGGCGGGGGGGGGGGAGAAAAAAUUCCCCCCAAAACCAACCCCCGAAAAAAAUCAUGGCUACGCCCAUGAUAUAUAUAUAUAUAUAUAUAUAUAUAUAUAUAUAUAUAUAUAUAUAUAUAUAUAUAUAUAUAUAUAAAUAUAAAUGUGUGAUAAGUAAUACUUGUUUGUUAAUUAAAUUUGUUCUUUAAUAUUCGGGAAAUAUGUUUUCCUUGGCAGUGCGGAACCAAACACACAUACUAUUGUGGAAAUAUUAGCGCUGUGAAAUUAAUUAUAACAUGAAGUCCCCGCAUUCUUCAAUUCGGAUACAAUCAAAAUAAUAUUGUUACUUUUUUUGGGCGUGCUUAAUGUCUUUAAAGCCCUUUGGGAGUCAAAUGUGUGAACAGACAGAAAACCCAGGCCGUUUGACCUUUGUAUGAUCUAAAUGGGACAGAACAAGAGCUCAAAAUUAAAAGCGGAUUUACAUCGGGGGGGGGGGGGGAGUGCGCUAAAAGAAAGACAUUGAUAAAUGGUUGUGGGCAAAGACAGUAAGUGAAAUGAUGCCAAUAGGAUUUCAAAACUUGACAAUCAGUAGAACAAUCUCGUUUCUCUCUUGAACCCACUUCUACUACAGUUCCAUCUAGUUACAGCCCACGUGACGUACUUCAUACUUCAUAGAAGUCAUCCUCGCUAUCUAUAAGUACUAGAAUGUUUUAUAGAAGUCAUCCUCGCUAUCUAUAAGUACUAGAAUGUUUUAUAGAAGUCAUCCUCGUUAUCUAUAAGUACUAGAAUGUUUUAUAGAAGUCAUCCUCGCUAUCUAUAAGUACUAGAAUGUUUUAUAGAAGUCAUCCUCGCUAUCUUUAAGUACUAGAAUGUUUUAUAGAAGUCAUCCUCGUUAUCUAUAAGUACUAGAAUGUUUUAUAGAAGUCAUCCUCGUUAUCUAUAAGUACUAGAAUGUUUUAUAGAAGUCAUCCUCGCUAUCUAUAAGUACUAGAAUGUUUUAUAGAAGUCAUCCUCGCUAUCUUUAAGUACUAGAAUGUUUUAUAGAAGUCAUCCUCGUUAUCUAUAAGUACUAGAAUGUUUUAUAGAAGUCAUCCUCGCUAUCUAUAAGUACUAGAAUGUUUUAUAGAAGUCAUCCUCGUUAUCUAUAAGUACUAGAAUGUUUUAUAGAAGUCAUCCUCGCUAUCUAUAAGUACUAGAAUGUUUUAUAGAAGUCAUCCUCGUUAUCUAUAAGUACUAGAAUGUUUUAUAGAAGUCAUCCUCGUUAUCUAUAAGUACUAGAAUGUUUCUUGUUUCAUUGUUAAGAUUUACUUUAUUAUUUGUUAUUAUUUACUAAAACUAAUGGGAACGUGUACUACAUUUAUAAGAAAUUAUCUGAAACAACUAGCCAGACUAGACUCGUAUCAAUGAGCAACUGUCGUAAGAUUGAAGCUAGCGAAUGUUGGUUAAUACAAUACAGGGGCGGAUUGGGUAUCAAAAUCGGCCCGGGCAUUACCAUAUAAACCGGCCCACAAUUGGCAUGUCAUAUAUUUUCGGUAUGGGGGGGGGGGUUAAGCCCCCUCCGCAAUUUAUAUAUAUAUAUGUGUGUAAUUAAUCUUCAUUACAUUCUUAUCUUUCAUUCUUUUAAACUUUUUUUCUACUCUAGAAUACUCUCUUCCUAUAAUUAGUGAAAGGUAGUACACAUUGCCAAGGGACAGCUACAGCUAGGUAGUCUGGGGGAGCGCCGUAAGCUCCCCCCAGUGGAGUCAUUUUUUUCAUUUUUUUAAGCUUUAAAAAAUGCAUAUUCUGAGGUAUCUACAGUGCAAUUAGCCUACUACUCUUCCGCUAAAAAAAUCAAAAACUAAAUCUUCUGUUCACUGGAGUCCAGCGACUGGUAGAAAAUGGUAAAAUGCUUUAUUUUGUAUUGGAAAAGGGGGGAGGGGGAACCACAAAACCACUUUUGGCUACGCUCGUGAAAUUUGGUGACUGUAAUUUGCUAAAGUUGGCUGUACUGGGGCAGUAGGUAAAGUUUCCCUUUCAGACAAUGAGAUCUGAGGCCAGUGAUGGUUUGAAUUCCUCCCCUCUCGGCUACACCCAUGUGUUUUAUCAUAGGUGUAAGCCUAAUUCUAUUCAAAACAUAUAAAGUUUGAUAACGCAUCGAAAACUGGAUGUAUGCUUUCGUAGGCUUACAUAAUGUAUUCUAUUUAUAGAUCUACAUGUAUGUAGUCUGAAAACUAUAAACACUACAAUAGCAGCCUUAAUGAGUUUCAAACUUUUUGGUAUUACUUAUAGAUUACAGACGUUUCUUCAAAAAAAAAAUAAUUAGGUCCUACGCAUUUCACGUGUCAAUCUAGUCAUGCAUGUUGAUCUGUGACUUAAAAUAUGCUAAAUCAUUGGUUUUCCUGCCUGACAACCCAUUUAUUUAAAGUGGUAUCACAACAAAUACAAAACUAGGGGUCUAUCGAGCCGUCAUCCUCCCUACAUUGCUCUAUGCCUCAGAAACAUGGAUAGUGUACAGUUAACAUGCAUAGAAACUGAAUCACUUCCACCUGACAUGUCUGUGAAAAAAUACUGAAUGGCAAAUGGCAAGACAAAAUAACAGAUACUGAAGUCCUUCAAAGAGCGGGUCUGCAAAGCAUCCACACCCUGAUACAGUCCCAGCUGCGAUGGGCAGGUCACGUCUACAGAAUGGAAGACCACCGCAUCCCUAAACGACUCUUGUAUAGCCAACUAAGUGAAGGAAAGCGCUCUUAAGGUGGUCAAAGAAAACGCGUCAGGGACACCCUCAAAGCUUCUCUGAAGGCGUUCAGCAUAGACCCAUCCACCUGGGAGGCACAUGACAGAGCAUCAUGACGUCGCGCUGUGAAAACCGGCGCACAGGUUGAUGAGGAAAAGAGAACAAAGCUGGCAGAAGAAAAAAACGCCAGAGAAGAAAAGCAAGGCCAAUGACACUAGCUCCAUCUGGAAUAACCUGCCUAGUGUGCGGCCGAACAUUCCGGGCUCACAUAGGUCUCACCAGCCACACGAGGAGACAUAAAACCCCAGUGCAAGGCCCUCAGCCCCCUGGAUGACAAAGUGGUCAUAAUCGAACUACGAUGGACGAACUAUAUAUAUUCCUUUAAAAGAUAAGAGAAAGCAGAACGGUUAGAGAGGUAGGCCUACUUCUAAAUGUGAAAAGCUCUUGCUUCGUCCUAGUACAUUCUCAAAAAACGAGAUUUGUAUAUGAAUAUAGAUCUAUUAUUUAAAAUAUAAAUGAUUCUAAAUCUCCUUUCAUUAAAUAUCGGAUGUGACAGCGCUAUAUAAAUUAUUGUAAUUAUUUUAAUAAUUUUCAUCAUCAUUGACUUUAUACUAAGCAUAAGUUUGCCGUUAAUCACAACGGUAUAAAAUUGAUUUAGAUCUAGAUUUAUGUUUUAAUUAAAUAAUUACUUUUUUGUGUAAGUUGUAAGUGUAGUAUCUUUAGAUCUAUGUUAUUACAAAUAAACAACAAGAAACCUACUUCUUCUUUUCAAAUCGCAGAAAGUAGAACUUUAUACCCAUAUUGAGCUAUGAAUAAGUUGGGUGGUUUGCAAUUUCGCGGCUGUUUUUAUGUGUUUUGCCGCGUUAUAUCAAUGUUUUCUUACUUAUCCUUUCCCAUCCCUCUUUUUCGUUAACUUUCAUGGAAAAAACGGGUGAGGGAAGGAGCAAAACAAAAAUAGGAGUGCCAUCAAAGACCCAUGCCGACCAGCAAAAUGAUCAGGCCAAACACAGUCUCGAAGACAUCAAAGUAGUGUUGAAGGCCAUGCCGCUCAUGCAUAGCAGAAAGUACGGUCUAACGUUUUACAAAUGAUAAUACGUACAGUUAUAUUCUUAAAGUUAUAUUCUUGUUGAAUUUCAAACAAAAUUAAUUGUAAUAAUAAUUUAAAAAAAAAAAAAAAAAGAAAACAUAUUCGGGCCUUUGUGUCUUGUUGCUGUCACUUUUUUUUUUUUUAAGUUGUUUGCAUUGAAUUUUUUUUGCUUUGGUCCUGACCAGACCGGCCCAUUUGGUACCGGCCCACCGGGCAUUUGCCCGUUUGCCCAUAUAGCCAGUCCGCCCCUGAUACAAUAAUUACUCUGCCUCGGGACUUCUGACAUCGUCAAACUCUCGUGUGGAAAUAAUGACCUUGUGGGGCUUAUUAACCAAUGGAUUCUGGACAUUGACAAUGUCAAGAGAAACAAACACUUCAUUACUCCGAUAGGCUAUGUGUCUAACACACUGCAAGCGGUCUGGGACGAGGCUGUGACCAAAGAGUAGACCUUUGAGGAGUGUGUAGUAGUAACUAAUAAGACGUAGAUAGUGUAAAAGACUAACCAAUAAGUCAAACUACAAGUGUGAUUCGCGUCUGGGAGUGUUGACGCGGGGGAGGUGGCGGGGGAAGGGAGAUAAAGCACUGGCUACCUCUGAAUGUUCUCGGCCCUCUAAGACAAAAUUGUAUAAAAAUGUCUGCUUUGGUCAACCCACUAAUAAGUCAGGUGAUGCAGACGUAUCAGAAAAUAAGGAGGAGAAACGUACUAUUGGGGGAAACGAUUUCAAGAAUCUUUACAAAGCCAACAAAAAAAUAAAAUUAAAAUGCUGUAAAUUAAAGGUCUGCCGUCUUGAUCAAAAACCGUAUACAGUUUAGAGAGUUAAAGUGUGCGCGCUUCUCUUGAGGACACCACGUGAUUCUCCAGAGGUCAUUUGUUCAUCCUCCUACCCGCCCUUUUACACACACACUCACACACAACCUUUGUGGUGUUUAUCUACUUGUCUCUAGUGUGAUAUACUUUUGUAAUGUUUUUAAUAAAUGUUUUAAUUAACCAGAAAAGGACUUUUGCUUGUUACCAGGUGACGUUAUUUGUGAUUUAUUAGACUUCCUGUAGACUUGUAAAUAAGGCCAAAAAAAAUUGUUUUUCCUGCCAUUGAUAAAAAUCUGUUUCUAAUUGGUACAGUAUUUAUAUAAAUAAGUAAAAUAUGAAAAUACAUUUUUAAAAAGUUAAUAUUGAGUAAAAUUGCAUCCAUUAUUUAUUUUUAAUCAAUCAUAUAAUUAAUUUUUAAUAGAUCUAUGGCUAAUUGUGCUACUGGUAAUCUUUUUAUUAAUUUUCUUUGUUUUGCGCAACUUUCAUACUUACAGCAUGCUCAGUGCGUUCUAGUCCGAGCACUCUUG